AUGACCAACUCGCAGCACGGACAGGGCCCCAUGACGCGCCUCGCGGCGACCGGGCUGCUGCUGGCCCUCGGCACGCUGCUGGCCCCGUUGGCCGGGGCGGCGCCGGUGCCCCAGGGCCAGGAAGCGCCGGCGAACGCGGCGGCCAUGGCCACGGGCCACGACCAGGCCGGGGUGACCGUGGCCGACGCGGCCGAUGUGGCGGCCGACCCGGCGAUCAUGAUGCCGGCCAUCGGGGCGCCGCCCCUGGACGAGACGGCGGCCACGGAGCCGGCGGCCCCGGGCGGGCCCGGGCACCGGGUGCCGCGCGAGCUGACCUGCAAGUGCCCCCGGCGGGUGCGGUGCUUCCAGACCGUGAGCGACUGCCGGUCCGGGCGCAAUGUCAAGGUCCUGUCGGACCCGCGGCAGUGCAUCUUCAAUGCCAGCCCCAUUUACCAGUGCGAGGGCGAGGAGCCGGCCCGGUGCCGGACCAUCGACAACUGCCAGCCGGUGGAGCAGGGCAGCGGCAAGCAGGACCCCCACAUGAAGGGCUUCAACGGGGCGGACUACUACUUUGGCGGCCACGCCGGCCGGGUGUAUUCCAUUGUGUCGGACCGGGACUUCGCGCUGAAUGCCCAGUUCACGCGGCUGGACGCCCUGCAGGGGACGUACAUGAAUCGCCUGGGCAUGCGCGUGGGCCGGGACAUUGUGGCCUUCCACCCGCACUUCGGGGUCUUUGUCAAUGGGGACAAGCUGGCGGCCCGCGGCCGGCGGCCGUACGCCCUGGACGAGGGCCGGGCCCACCUGCUGGUGGACCACCUGGACGGGACGCACCGGCUGACGCUGAAGACCGACACGUGGCAGGUGUCCGGCCGGGCGGUCAUCGAGUCCGGCCGGGCCACCAUGGCCGACGCCUACAUCAAUGUCGGGGUCAGCCUGCACGCGCGCCCGGUCAACCCCCACGGCAUCCUCGGCCAGACGGCCCUCUUCAUGGUGGACAGCCGGUACCCGUCGCAUGUGGCCAGGGGCUUCCGCGUGGAGGGCGAGGAGGAUGACUACGAGGUGCAUGAUGGCCUGUUCGGCACGCGGCACCGGUUCAAUCGCUUCGUGGAGGUGUCGACGCCGGCCGACUCGGCCGGCAGCGCCACCCGGGUGCCCGGGGGCCUUAGCAUCACCGAGCGCCGGACGGCCGAUCGCCUGCGCCUCCGGGCGCCGGGCGGUGGGCACGAAUCGGCCCUCGAGUCGGCCGCCCGCCGCGGGCUCGUGGCCCUGGGGACGGUGUCCGAGGCGGUGCUGCGCGAGGCGGCCGCCCGCAUGGCCGAGGAGGAGACCCCCUAG